GAAGAUGUUAGUGAGAACACAGUAGUCUUUCUAUUCAGUGACAACUCUAUUCUUUUAAUGUUGAAGCGUUGACUGACUUACAUUUCAGAGUUUGUUGACUGACCCUUCUGGUGAUAGGAUGACAUUUCCAUGGGAGCCAAAGAAAUCUGUAUUGCCUUUUACAUUUGCAACCAUUCAGUCAUGGGAUUGUUGGAAUUGGACACUUCCAGAGCUGCCUAAAUUGAUAUAAGCUGUACUGUUGCACUCUUCUGCUCUUAUUGUAGUUGUUACGCCACCAGUAAUGCUAGUCUGACUGCACAUUCAGCUGUAUUGGGUAACAAAUCUGGCUGUGGGAGAGGGGGGAAAAAAGCCCCGAUUCAGUUUCUUGACUGGAUCCUCUCAUCCACCAGUACACGGGAAAGGGUGGGAACCCACAACUUCUGUGCAGGGGGGAGUGCUUCUUGCACUUAAAUGGUCCACCAUGGAGCUGCACUUUUCAUUUUUGGGCUUACAAUUUAGUGGUGAUAGUCUAUGACAGGAAGUCUUCCUUUAUCUUCCAUGCAUGCUCACCUGAUGUUUUUUUUAACAGCUGUGGCUCUUUAACCACAGGCUGUUAGCUUGGUAUUUGCUGGGUCCUAAAGAGCAACUAGAACACAUUUAACCUCUGCUAUACUUAGUGGAGCAGUACAGGAAGUUUUUUCUUUAAGAGUUAUUGGUGCUUUCCCUAGCACCAGUAUGCCAGGCAGGAUUUUGCUGUUUGAAAUAAUUUGUCUUAAAGCAUUAGAAAGGAUGCGUCCUUACCUAUGUGAUAAAAUCAUAGCUGAGAGACACUUUGAUUACCUACGUUCAAGGAAAAUACUCACUAGAGAGGACACAGAAGAAAUUUCUUCUCGAUCUUCCAGUAGGAAGAAAACUGGGAAGUUAUUGGACUACUUGGCAGAAAACCCAAAGGGACUAGAUGCUUUGGUUGAAUCUAUCAGACGGGAAAGAACACAAAACUUCCUGUUACAAAGGAUAACUGAUGUAGUUUUGAAGGUCAAAAAUGAAAAACUUGAAGCUCUCAAAGGUCUAAGCUGCAGCACCUGUAUGACUUCACUGUACGGAGGAACAAAUAAUCUUUCUAGAUCAUAUUCUGAUGAAUCUAAUUUUUUUGAUAAAACAAAAGACAAAGAAUCUACCCAGAUACAUCACCCAGAAGAAGAUUACAGCACUGCCGCAUUUGUGUCUGCUGUCUCUCUUCACUCAAUGAAUUUACCUAUCACAGAGAUGGGAAACGCAGAGAGUGCUGUUUUCUCAGCCACCCUUCCAGGGCCUGGAGACCCCGGUGCUCCCCCACUCCCCCCAGAGCUCCAGGCAGAGCAGCAAGAACCAUGUAGUAGUUUAAGUGAAAAUUGUUUUCUGCCUUUAAGAUCACGUUCUGUUCAACCACAGUGAACGUAGUGACUUUUGUCUGUUCAUCCAGAUGGUACUGAAACUCUGAGUGAUGGCUCGUAAAGGUUAAAGCAAUAUUUUCAAACUGCUAACUAGCAAAAUCGGAGGUAACAAUCCAUUUACUGGUUUUAAG